UCGCCCACUCCGACCGCAGCCCACGUGGGCCCAGGAGCUCGACUGCUAGGCCCUGCAGGCCGGCAAGCCGGCGUGCUGGGCGGCCGCACGGGGCGCGCGGCCCAGCGAGCCCGACAGCCACCGCAGGACCCGACAACGCACACGCCUCGCCACAGAGAAACAGAAUUUGACAAAACUAUUUUUGUUCAAUUCCACUUUUAAGAACAGCUUCAUCUGUGAAAUAAUCAACAGGGACAGCUCUAAGAAUGAAGCAAGAAAUAACCUUCCCUGUUCUACAUAGCAAUAAUUAUAUUGUGAUGAUUCAUUUAAGACAAAUUUUUCCUUUGUAGAUUACGUUAGGAAAAAUGGCCUUGUCAGCCCAACAGAUACUUAGAAGUUUCAACUCAAUUAAAUUGAGCAGCUUCAUUAAUGCCAUACAACUCACAAAACGUUUUCCAAGACCAAGGAAAACAUGGUUACAAAGCUCUUCUGCUUGGCCUCAGAUGUCCUGUGACAAUUGUUUUCUCCAGUGGGGAUUUAAGACUUACAGAACUUCCUCCUUAUGGAAUAGUUCCCAGUCUACCAACUCAAGUAGGCAAGAGAAUAAUUCUGCCCAAAGCACCCUGCUUCCUUUGGUGAAUGAGCAGUCAGAGAAGACACAAAAGAUGCCCUGCUCUGACUCCGAUCUGACUCUAGAAGAACUGGAUGAUUUGCCUCCAUUGUCUCCAUUGCAACCUCUUUCAGAGGAAGAGGCUAUUCAGAUUGUUGCAGACCCUCUACUGCCUCCAGAUUCAUUCACACUUCGAGACUAUGUAGAUCAUUCUGAGACUCUGCAGAAGUUAGUGCUUCUAGGAGUGGAUUUGUCGAAGAUAGAAAAACAUCCAGAUGCAGCCAACUUUCUUCUAAGGCUGGAUUUUGAGAAAGAUAUUAAGCAAAUACUCCUGUUUCUUAAGGAUUUGGGUUUAGAGGAUAACCAAUUGGGACCAUUCCUGACUAAAAACUAUGCCAUUUUCUCUGAAGACCUUGAAAAUCUUAAGAUCAGGGUGACUUAUCUACAAUCAAAAAAUUUCAGUAAGGCAGAUAUUGCACAGAUGGUCAAAAAUGCCCCAUUUUUGUUGAAUUUUUCAGUGGAAAGACUGGAUAACAGAUUGGGAUUUUUUCAAAAAGAACUUGAACUUAAUGUGAAGAAGACUAGAGAUCUGGUUGUUCGUCUUCCAAGGCUACUAACUGGAAGUCUGGAGCCUGUGAAAGAAAAUAUGAAGGUUUAUCGUCUUGAAUUUGGUUUUAAGCAUAAUGAAAUUCAACAUAUGAUCACCAGAAUCCCAAAGAUGCUAACUGCAAAUAAAAGGAAACUUACGGAGACUUUUGAUUAUGUGCACAAUGUGAUGAGGAUUCCCCACCACAUCAUUGUCAAGUUCCCACAGGUAUUUAACACAAGGUUGUUUAAAAUCAAAGAAAGACACCUGUUUCUUACCUAUUUGGGAAGAGCACAGUAUGAUCCAGCAAAACCUAAUUACAUCUCUUUGGAAAAAUUAGUAUCUAUUCCUGAUGAAAUAUUUUGUGAAGAGAUUGCCAAAACCUCAGUACAGGACUUUGAAAAAUUCUUAAAAAGUCUUUAGUUUUCAAUCAUUGUUAACAUGUAAUGUUGUAAAAUGAGCAUGUAUGAGUAAAAUAUAUUUUAAAAUAAAUGCCUCAGGUCUCAA